AAUAAUUCAUCCAUGUAUAUAUAGAUAUAGAGAGAGAAAGAGAGAAACAUUUGCACAAGGAGAGAGAAAGGUUUGGUCUUGUUGUUAUUGUGGUGUUGAAGUGGUUGCUGUUGUGUUCCAUAUUCACAUGUUUGAGCCUUCGAAGAUCUAGUUUAGCUUUUGCUCAUUUUGAUUUUAAUCUGAUCCAAGACAAAGAGGGUUACCAUGUCAUCUCUCAGCAGAGAGUUGGUGUUCUUGAUCUUGCAGUUUCUGGAUGAGGAAAAGUUCAAAGAGACUGUUCAUAAGCUUGAGCAGGAGUCAGGGUUUUUCUUUAACAUGAAGUAUUUUGAAGAUGAAGUGCACAAUGGAAAUUGGGAUGAGGUUGAAAAGUACCUAUCUGGUUUCACUAAAGUAGAUGAUAAUAGAUAUUCUAUGAAGAUAUUUUUCGAGAUAAGGAAGCAGAAGUAUCUAGAAGCGUUAGACAAGCACGAUCGGUCCAAGGGUGUAGAAAUAUUAGUGAAGGAUUUGAAAGUCUUUGCCACAUUUAAUGAAGAAUUGUUCAAGGAAAUCACACAGCUUUUGACACUCGAGAAUUUUAGGGAAAAUGAACAAUUGUCCAAGUAUGGCGAUACAAAGUCUGCAAGAGCAAUCAUGUUGGUUGAGCUCAAAAAGUUGAUUGAGGCAAAUCCUCUAUUUCGUGACAAAUUGCAAUUUCCCAACCUUAAAAACUCAAGGUUGCGGACUCUCAUCAAUCAAAGCUUGAAUUGGCAGCACCAACUUUGUAAGAAUCCACGACCAAAUCCAGAUAUAAAAACUCUUUUUGUGGAUCACUCUUGUGGACAACCAAAUGGUGCACGAGCUCCAUCUCCUGCUAAUAUUCCAUUACUAGGAUCCUUACCAAAAGCCGGAGGAUUUCCCCCUCUCGGUGCACAUGGGCCUUUUCAACCAACUCCGGCACCUGUGCCGAUGCCCCUGGCUGGUUGGAUGUCAAAUCCUACUACUGUGGCUCAUGCCUCUGUUUCUGGAGGAGGAGCUAUAGGUCUUGGUGUUGGUAUCGGUGCACCGUCUAUACCAGCUGCUUUGAAGCACCCUAGGACACCUCCAACUAAUCCUUCUGUCGACUACCCAUCUGGGGAUUCAGAUCACGUUUCUAAGAGAACAAGACCAAUAGGAAUGUCCGAUGAGGCAAAUCUACCGGUCAAUGUUUUGUCAGCGACGUUUCCGGGUCAUGGUCAUGGUCAGGCUUUUAAUUCACCUGAGGACUUGCCAAAGACUGUCUUGCGGACUCUAAACCAAGGCUCGUCUCCUGUGAGCAUGGACUUCCAUCCAGUUCAACAGACUUUACUUCUUGUUGGUACGAAUGUGGCGGACAUUGGUUUAUGGGAAUUGGGCUCUAGGGAGCGGUUGGUCUUGAGGAACUUCAAAGUUUGGGAUCUGAGUGCUUGUUCAAUGCCAUUUCAGGCUGCUCUUGUCAAGGAUCCAGCUGUUUCUGUCAACCGUGUGACUUGGAGUCCUGAUGGGGCUUUGUUCGGAGUUGCUUACUCAAGGCACAUUGUUCAGAUAUACUCUUACCAUGGUGCAGAUGAAGUACGACAGCACUUGGAGAUUGAUGCUCAUGUCGGCGGAGUAAAUGAUCUAGCAUUUUCUCACCCAAAUAAGCAGCUAUGUGUUAUCACCUGUGGUGAUGAUAAGACCAUUAAGGUGUGGGAUGCUGCUACGGGUAUAAAGCAGUACACUUUUGAAGGUCAUGAGGCCCCCGUUUAUUCCGUCUGUCCACAUUAUAAAGAAAACAUUCAGUUCAUCUUUUCAACGGCAUUAGACGGAAAGAUAAAAGCAUGGUUGUAUGACAAUUUGGGAUCUCGUGUUGAUUAUGAUGCUCCUGGUCGGUGGUGUACAACCAUGGCAUAUAGUGCUGAUGGUACAAGGCUCUUUUCAUGUGGGACUAGCAAGGACGGGGAAUCCUCUAUUGUUGAGUGGAAUGAAAGUGAAGGAGCUGUGAAAAGGACUUAUCAAGGAUUUCGGAAACGAUCAUUGGGUGUCGUACAAUUCGACACAACCAAAAACAGAUCAUUGGGUGUCGUGCAAUUCGAUACAACCAAAAACAGAUAUCUGGCUGCUGGCGAUGAUUUCUCCAUUAAAUUUUGGGAUAUGGAUAAUAUUCAGCUUUUGACAACUGUGGAUGCUGAUGGAGGUCUCCCUGCAAGCCCUCGUAUCCGUUUCAAUAAGGAUGGAUCUCUUUUAGCUGUCUCAGCAAAUGAGAAUGGAAUUAAAAUCUUAGCUAAUGGAGAUGGCAUUCGUUUGUUGCGAUCGUUAGAGAAUUCCUUAUAUGAAGCAUCAAGAACGUCAGAAGCCAUGACAAAGCCUACAAUAAAUCCAAUGUCAGUUGCUACUUCUGCAACUAGUGCUGCACUUGCGGAGAGAGCCUCAUCUGUGGCAGCGAUUGCUGGAAUGAAUGGGGAUGCUCGGAACUUAGGUGAUAUUAAACCUAGAAUAAGUGAAGAAUCUAAUGACAAGUCAAAGAUAUGGAAGCUCACUGAAAUCAAUGAGCCAUCUCAAUGUAGAUCGUUGAAGCUACCUGAGAAUGUUAGAGUAACCAAGAUAUCAAGGUUGAUAUAUACUAAUUCAGGUAAUGCUAUUCUAGCAUUAGGUUCAAAUGCCAUUCAUCUUCUCUGGAAAUGGCAACGAAACGAUCGCAAUUCAUCUGGGAAGGCCACUGCUAGUGUCCCGCCUCAGUUGUGGCAACCUUCAAGUGGCAUCUUGAUGACUAAUGACAUUAAUGAUAGCAAUACUGAGGAUGCAGUCCCAUGCUUUGCUCUGUCCAAAAAUGAUUCUUACGUAAUGUCAGCAUCGGGUGGAAAGAUUUCUCUGUUCAAUAUGAUGACUUUUAAGACAAUGACAACGUUCAUGCCACCACCACCUGCAGCAACCUUUCUGGCUUUCCAUCCUCAGGAUAACAAUAUUAUUGCUAUAGGCAUGGACGAUUCUUCUAUUCAGAUAUAUAAUGUCCGCAUAGAUGAGGUUAGAAGUAAACUCAAAGGCCAUACUAAAAGAAUAACUGGUCUCGCCUUUUCUCAUGUACUGAAUGUAUUAGUUUCAUCUGGGGCAGAUGCUCAGAUUUGUGUAUGGAAUACAGAUGGAUGGGAGAAACAGAAGACUCGAUUCUUGCAAUUUCCUCCCGGGCGGACUCCACCAGCACAGGCAGAUACACGAGUACAAUUUCAUCAGGAUCAGUUCCGCUUCUUGGUUGUACAUGAAACACAGCUUGCCAUUUAUGAAGCAACAAAACUAGAAUGUUUAAAGCAGUGGUUCCCACGAGAUUCCGCUGCACCAAUAUCACAUGCAACUUUCUCAUGUGAUAGCCAGCUGGUAUUUGCCAGCUUUUUAGAUGCAACAGUCUGUGUAUUUAGUGCUUCAAACCUUCGAUUACGAUGCCGUAUCAAUCCUUCUGCUUAUCUUUCCGCAAAUGUCAGCAGUUCUAAUGUUCACUCACUUGUAAUUGCGGCACAUCCACAAGAACCAAAUCAGUUUGCUGUUGGACUGUCAGAUGGUAUAGUUCAUGUGUUUGAGCCCCUUGAGUCUGAAGGCAAGUGGGGUGUGCCUCCACCCAUUGAGAAUGGUUCAACGAGCAAUGCGGUAGCUGCUCCAGUUGGUGCUUCUUCCGACGAACCCCAAAGAUGAUCCAUGUCAGCCUUAGACAAGUUUCUUUUACAUACUUUGGCUUGCUGGCGCCAUCACAAGAUAAUGCAGGGCACUUGCCAAAGGUUGAUUCAGCUACUCUCUAGAUCCACCGUGUUAUCUUGGCCGUGUGCACAAUCAUGUUCCGAGCCGCAACGCAACCGAAAACCAAAAUCAAGACCAACUUAUGUGUAAAUUUCUUGUGUUUAAUGAUACAGAUGUAGAAGUUCUUAAGAGUACUUUCAAGCUUUUCCUGGCUAUUUAUUUAGAUUGGUUUAUUGUCUUAACUUUUUCCUAUGUAGUAUUUAGAUUUAUUUAAUCUGCAUGUAAUGUAACUAUGGUAAUCAGUAAUCAUGCUUUACUCGCCAGACAUUUAUAAAUAUGUAAAUUUUUUGAAUGGCGCAGUUUGUGAUUCAUGACAUGCAGUCAGUACUUACUAAUAUAAAGAAUGAAUGGGAAUGUUGGAAAAAA